AACAUAGAAAAUCUUUUGCUCAUCACAAUUCUCAAAUCAAAGCAGGCUCAAUUUAUUUGUCCUAUUGACCACACAUUCCCUCAGCGAAUCAAAGAGCGGAUAACAAAACAGGGCCAAAGAUGCCAUUGAAACCUCCCCAUCUUCAUCUCCACCGUAGCUUAUCGCCCACAGCAAAGCCUCUCACUCCACCGUAUCAUCUGGCAUCAAACUUGCUCCCUGCACCGGCCGCAUUGAAUCUGAAGAAGAGUGGAGCAACAAGGCUGAGAAACCAACGGCAGAGAUCAUCUAAGGCUGCAAUCUCAGCCUCACUUGGGCCACUCGAUCUGACAGAGGAUAACAUCAAGCAGGUCCUGGAUGAUGCUAGAGUUGAGUUGGCCCAACUAUUUGACACUUCUGUUAACAUAACAGGAAAAGCAGAACUUGCUGAAGUAGACGGACCGUAUGUGAAGAUCAGCCUCAGCGGCCGGUUUUGGCAUAAACGUUCCACGGUUUUGGCCAGGCUUGGGAAUUACUUGAAGCAGAGAAUCCAGGAAAUAUUGGAGGUUGAUAUUGAGGAUGAGAAACAGUUGGAUGAUAGCCCAGAAAACUUCUGAACUGAUGCUCAUUGUCCAGGCCUGAUUUUUGCUUAAUUUUCUUGUAGUUCUAUUAACCACAACUGCUGUUCUGUCAGUCUAUUCUCACUCCCUUUUUAGUACCUAAAGUUCCUUCCUCUUAAUUUUAUAUAACUAUUUAUAUAGUUACUUGUACCAAGAA